GACAAAAUACUGUGGGCGCACUCAAUUUCACUGGUCUCUUAUAUUUCAUUUCACCAGACUUCCUUAUCCCCAUUACUUCGAUCAGAUCCCUCCCCCCUUCCAAGUUCCAACAACACUCACUGGUCAGCAAUGCCCACGGCUACUCUCUCCUCCUCCUCAUUGACUCUCUUCCCCCUCUCUUCUUCUCCAACGCCACCCAGAAUUCCUUGUACGAGUACAACCCUAACAUUUCCUUCUUUCCUCGUAAAACCCACUUCUGUAAGGAUGAUGGGCAGAGGUAGUCAUAUCUUGCCACCCAAGGCUGUGGCAAUUGAGAAAGAGACUCCCGAGAACGAACGCCCCUCCACAUUUCUCAGAGAAUCAGAUGGUGAUGACUACUCACUAUCGUCUGUUCGGGGCCGAUUCGAGAAGAUGAUAAGGGACGCCCAGGACUGCGUGUGCCAAGCCAUAGAGGCCGCGGACGGAGGCGGAAAGUUCAAGGAGGACGUGUGGUCGAGACCUGGUGGCGGCGGCGGCAUCAGCCGAGUCUUGCAGGACGGUGCUGUUUGGGAGAAGGCCGGCGUUAAUGUUUCCGUUGUUUACGGUGUUAUGCCUCCUGAAGCAUAUAGAGCUGCCAAGCCUGCUUCCAGCACUGACUCCUCCUCUGAUCUCAACUACAAGCCUGGACCUGUUCCAUUUUUUGCUGCCGGGAUUAGCUCGGUUUUACAUCCAAAGAACCCAUUUGCACCCACACUGCAUUUUAAUUAUCGGUAUUUUGAGACUGAUGCUCCGAAAGAUACUCCUGGAGCACCUAGACAGUGGUGGUUUGGUGGUGGUACUGAUUUAACCCCUGCUUACAUCUUUGAGGAGGACGUCAAGCACUUCCAUUCGGUUCAAAAAAGUGCUUGUGACAAAUUCGAUCCUAGCUUCUAUCCCCGAUUCAAGAAAUGGUGUGAUGAUUAUUUUUAUAUUAAGCAUCGAGGUGAGAGGCGUGGACUUGGAGGAAUAUUUUUUGACGAUCUUAAUGACUAUGACCAGGAGAUGCUUCUUUCUUUCGCCACUGAAUGUGCUAAUUCUGUGAUCCCAGCAUACUUACCCAUUAUAGAGAAAAGGAAGGAUGUGCCAUUUACAGAUCGCCACAAGGCAUGGCAGCAGUUGCGCAGAGGCCGCUAUGUAGAAUUCAACUUGGUUUAUGAUCGGGGUACAACAUUUGGACUGAAGACAGGAGGUCGAAUUGAGAGCAUUCUUGUUUCUCUCCCACUAACUGCACGGUGGGAAUAUGACCAUCAACCAGAAGAGGGGAGUGAAGAAUGGAAACUAUUGGAUGCUUGUAUCAACCCAAAGGAAUGGAUCUAAUAUUCACCUCAAGAAUUGUGUACCAUUUUAAAUUGCUUUUAUUGUUUUCUUUGUUCAGUAGGCUUGCUUAUUUUCAAGCCCAAGUUGGGUGGCGAAUUAGUGUCUUCAUCAGAAGUAAUCUCCAGAAAUGUAAGUAGGUAAUAGAAAGAGUGAGAGGAUCUGGUUGUAAAAAUCUUUUGGCUUACUUUGAUUGUCAUCCUCUGAGGAUAAUGAUGUAACUUACGAGAAUAAAUGCAUUAUGGAGAGGCCCAGUUGUAAAAUUUGGUUCAUUUUAUUUAAUGAUUUGG